CGCCGCCGCGCUGCGCCGCCGCCGCCGCCGCCGCCGCCCCCGCGCGCAGCCAUUGCGGGCAGGCCCGGCGCUGCGGCCCGCUCCGCCGCCCGGGGACAUGCCGGCGGGAUGGCCCGCUCCGCCGACACCUUCCCGCUGCACCGCCUCGUCUGGCACAACCGGCACCAGGCGCUGGACAGCGCCCUGCGCUCCGGCCGGCACGACGUGGAGCUGACAGACCCCCGUGGCCGGACCCCGCUGGAGCUGGCCGUGUCUCUGGGCCACCUGGAGUCAGUGCGGGUGCUGCUGCGGCACAAUGCCAACGUGGGCCGGGAGAACGCCAAUGGCUGGACGGUGCUGCAGGAGGCAGUGAGCACGGGCGACCCUGAGAUGGUGCAGCUGGUGCUCCAGUACCGCGACUACCAGCGAGCAACACGACGGCUCGCCGGCAUCCCUGAGCUGCUCAGCAAGCUGCGCCGGGCCUCUGACUUCUACGUGGAGAUGAAGUGGGAGUUCACGAGCUGGGUGCCCCUGGUCUCCAAGGUGUGCCCCAGCGAUGUGUACCGCGUGUGGAAGCGGGGCGAGAGCCUGCGGGUCGACACCACACUGCUGGGCUUUGAGCACAUGACGUGGCAGCGGGGCCGGCGCAGCUACAUCUUCAAGGGAGAAGACGAGGGGGCAGUGGUGAUGGAGGUGGACCACGACAAGCAGGUGGUUUACACGGAGACUCUCGCCCUGGCCUUGCAUGAGCCCGACCUGCUGCUGGCAGCCAUGCAGCCCUCGGAGGAGCACGUGGCUGGGCGGCUCACGUCGCCCAUCGUCUCCACGCACCUCGACACCAGGAACAUCGCCUUCGAGCGGAACAAGUCGGGCAUCUGGGGCUGGCGCUCGGAGAAGAUGGAGGUGGUCAGCGGCUACGAGGCCAAGGUUUACAGCGCCAGCAACGUGGAGCUGGUCACUAAGACGAGGACGGAGCAUCUCUCCGAUCAGGACAAGUCGCGCAACAAAGGCUCCAGGACCCCCUUCCACUCCUUCCUGGGCAUCGCGCAGCAGCAUGGCACCCACAAUGGGGCGCCCGUGCUGCAGGCUGCCAGCCCCACCAACCCCACGGCCAUCACCCCCGAGGAGUACUUCGACCCCCACUUCGACCUGGAGGCCCGCAACAUUGGGCGCCCCAUUGAGAUGUCCAGCAAGGUGCAGAGGUUCAAGGCGACGCUGUGGCUGUGCGAGCAGCACCCGCUGUCGCUGGCGGAGCAGGUGACGCCCAUCAUAGACCUCAUGGCCAUCUCCAACGCCCACUUCGCCAAGCUGCGCGACUUCAUCACCCUCAAGCUGCCCCCCGGCUUCCCUGUCAAGAUCGAGAUCCCCCUCUUCCACGUGCUCAACGCCCGCAUCACCUUCAGCAACCUGUGUGGUUGUGACCAGCCACUGGGCUCGGUGCGGGUGUGCGCCCCCGCUGAGCCCCUCGCUGAGCCCCCCGGCAGCCAGCCCCCCGGCCCCAGAGGCUGGCCCUUCCCGUGCGAGGUGGAGCCAGGGGUGUUCGAGGUGCCACAGGGCUACACGGUGCUGGGCGCGGGGCGCAGCGAGCCCCUGCGUGACGAGGACGACGACCUGCUCCAGUUCGCCAUCCAGCAGAGCCUCCUGGACGCUGGCACGGAGACCGACCAGGUGACCAUCUGGGAGGCCCUGACCAACACCCGCCCUGGCGCCAACCCGCCCCCCUACGACGAGGACCUGCAGCUGGAGCGGGCCCUCCAGGAGAGCAUGCUGCUGCAGGCCGGGCCCAGCGCCGGGGGCCCUGAGGCCGCGGGCCCCCCCGAGGCGGGGGGCAGCCCCCCAGCACCCACAGGCUAUGGCAGCUUUGCCGAGCAGCUGCGCCUGGCCAUGGCGCUCUCCGAGCGGGAGCAGGAGGAGCGCGAGCGGCGCCGGCGCGAGGAGGACGAGGAGCUCCAGCGCAUCCUCCGCCUCUCACUCACCGACAAGUAGCGUCAGGGUUUGCACGAGGACACCUGCACUGGGCAUGGACACCCCAGCCGGGCACGGACACCCCCGCGGGGCACGGCCUCACAUGAGGACAGAUGGCCCCCCGGGCACGGCCUCGCACGGGGAUGGACAGCCCCCCAGGCAUGGGCUCGCGCAGGGAUGUCCCUGUCCAGGCCCGGUCCCCCGUGAGGAUGCCCUGACUUGGGCACAGCCCUGCAUGGGCACCACCCGCCAAGGGCCACCCAGUCCCAGGGCCCCCCCUGAAGCGGGCGCAGUUCCCACGUGGCGGGGUGGAUCCAGGGAUCCUCCAACCCUGGGACCCCCAGAUCCAGGGAUCCCCUCGUGCUGGGCUGGAUGCCUCAGUCCAAGGACCCCUAGUCUGGGGUGACUUCCCCCCCCAGGACCCCCCUAUUCCAGACACCUCUCCCCCAUUGGUGUUGUAUUUUACCCCCAUAUGGGGCAGGAGAAACCUAUCUAACGCUCCCCUGCACUUUUAAGGCACCCAUUUGAACCUGGACGUUUGGGGACCCCAGGCCAUGUCUCUGGGUGGCAGCGGCAGGGUCGGGGCAGCUCUGUGUGUAUGUAUGUAUACAUAUAUAUACAUAUAUAUUCACAUAUAUGUACAUAUAUGUAGGUGGGGGGAGCAGAUUGUGCCUGGGCAUGCUGCGAUGGGUGGGGAGAUGGCACCAGGAGGCGGAGCCUGGGGAAAGGGGCAGAGCCUGUAAAAGUGGGGUGGUGCCUAGGUGAAGGGGUGGAGCCAGUGAGCCGGUGGGUGGCCCUGGGGGGAUCUCAUGGGGUUUUCGUCUCCUCCAAACACCCCGGUGUGGCCCCACACCCCCAUUCUCCCCCCUUCCCAGCUUUAUUUAUUUAAUUUAUAUCUCUUGGGGUGGCCCCGGCCCAGGGAAGGGGUGUCUGGCUGGGUCCCCCCCCCCGCUGCAGCGCCAUGGGGCAAGGGGCCAGGGCCCUGCCGUGGGGCUGGGGGUGCUGCGGGGCAGCGGGACGGCCCUGCCGUGGGGCAGAGGGCCAGAGGAGGGCAGCAGGCAGCGCUGGAUGGAGCCCUCCGCCAGAGGGAAAGGAAAGAAAGAGCAAAGCCAA